ACCUACGUUUCAAAUAUUGCUGAAAUGUUUGCUAGAUGAGAAUGGACGGCUCCUCUGAUGGAUAUUUGGUAAUUUGCAGCUAUGCGAUUGCGAUACUGGAUCUUGUGUCCGCCAUACUCUUUGCCAGCGUCUCGGCCACACUAUAUGCAGAACACAGUCACUGGACCUCCCUGGUAGCUUUGAUUUUCUCCAUCAUUUGGAUAUGCAUCAUUUUGAUGCUGCUACUGGGGAUUCGUCGGCGUCACUUGACCCUUGUGCGCUACUGGUUGGUUUUCACCUGCUUAGGCAUUAUGCUGGAUACAAUUUUACUACUUUAUGGGCUGACACUGGUCGUAUCAGUCAAUUGGGAGGGCGUUAAGAUUACCAUUUUACCAUUCGUGGGCUUGGCUGUGGAAAUGACGUUUGUUUAUAUAAUCUACAUUUUCUAUCUGGAUAUGAUAGAUCACGAACUGUGGAUACCGUUGACAUCGCGCAGAUAUUCAGGCGGUUCCAUCACUAAAAACACCAAAGACAUCUCUAACAGCAGUGACACUCAACGCAAAGAACGCAAACGUCUCAGACGCAUUUACAAGAGAGAGGAGAGGACUGCUCUAAGGGAGCAGCAGCGGAAUUUUCAUAGGAAGCCAGUUUAG